AAAAAUUACAAUUUUAAUACAAUUCCCAGUUAUUUUUUCUCAAACCAUUUUUGACAUAAAGCGCUACAGUUCCUUGAAUGCACCGCCUACAGUAACAAGUACGAUACAAGUAAAUAUAUAGGUGGGUCAAAGAAAAUCUUACAAAAAAUAUCUAAAAUGGAGUAGUUUAACCGUGAAAAAAAGAGUUUUCCUGAACCACCAAAUCUGGCUCUUUUUGUACGUAAAACCUAGCAAGGAAUUUUCAGAGUCUGUGGCAACACCGGCAAAUGUGCAAGCACGAAAAUGCACGAAUAGUAAUCAAUGAGAGGUGAAAAAUGUAUGUCUAGAAAAGUAUGUAUUUAUAUUUUUCAAGUGAUAAAUAGCCCCAUAAAACUUGGGACAACCCACCAGAUAGAUAAGGUUUUAAUGUGACUGUGCAUAAAAAUGCUAGAUUUACUAUAAAAGUAUCAGAAAUACAAGAAGAACACAAAACUGUCAAAAUGAGUGCCAGCCACGGGCUUUCCAAGUUAAAAAAGAAACAUUUCCGAGUGAAACACCAAAAAGUGAAGUUGUUCAGAGCGAAUGAACCGUUCUUGUCAGUCUUCAUGUGGGGCAUUAAUCACACGAUCAACGAAUUGAUGCAUGUCACUAUUCCGGUAAUGCUCCUCCCAGAUGAUUUUAGAGCAUACUCCAAAGUUAAAGUGGAUAACCAUCUCUUCAACAAGGAAAAUAUGCCAUCACAUUUUAAAGUAAAGGAAUACUGCCCAAUGGUAUUUAGAAACAUCAGGGAGAGGUUUGGUAUUGAUGAUUUGGACUAUAAGGAAUCAUUAACAAGAUCACAACCUCUCCCAGACGAAUCCUCUGGAAAAAGUGGAGCAAAGUUCUACCUAAGCUACGAUAAAAUAUUCAUCAUAAAAACACUCACAUCAGAGGAAGUGGAAAGAAUGCAUUCUUUCCUAAAACAUUACCAUCCUUAUAUUGUUGAGAGGCAUGGAAAAACAUUGCUCCCGCAAUACCUAGGCAUGUAUCGAUUGACUGUCGACAAUGUAGAGCAUUACAUAGUUGUCAGUAGAAACGUAUUUUCCAAUCAUUUGAGCACGCAUAGGAAAUUCGAUUUGAAAGGAUCUACUGUGGAUAGAGAGGCUUCAGAGAAAGAAAGGGAGAAAGAACUGCCCACUUUGAAGGAUAAUGAUUUCGUCAAUGAGCAAAUGAGGGUUUACAUUGGUGAAGAGGCAAAGCAAAAAUUGAUGGAAACUUUAAAUGCUGAUGUCGAAUUCCUAACAAAACUCCAUCUUAUGGACUACAGCCUUCUAUUAGGCAUCCACGAAGUAGAAAGAGGCGAACAGGAGUUGCAGCAGCAACGCGAAUUGGACCUGGCUAGGGAUGCGGCUGGAGGCGAAAGUGAAGACGCAGAAAGCGAGUCUGGAUCCGGCUUGGAGGGUGCAAGGGGAGGAGGAUACGCCGGACUGGCUACCCCGCCGGAUUCGCCGAACGCCGUUGUUCAGUUCCUCAGGGAGCACAGUCUGCAGUACGAAGGUGGUAUCAUUCCUGAAUUAGACAUCUACGCCAUACCCAGUGCAGAUACAGCUCCAGUGAAAGAGAUUUAUUUCAUAGCCAUAAUAGAUGUACUGACACACUAUGGUGUCAAGAAGCAAGCAGCAAAGGCUGCCAAAACGGUGAAGUAUGGUUCGAAUGUAGACGGCAUAAGCACCUGCGAUCCAGAGCAGUACGCCAAAAGGUUUUUGGACUUCAUGCAGAAAGCCAUAGAGUAAGAUGAAUGAUGUUCCGUGUUUAUGAAAAGAAAGUUGUGUCAGAUUUAGGUUUUGAUUGAUAUUGCUGAAUGUACGGGCAUAUUAUCAAUGGAAAUAUGAUUAUAGUGAAUCGCCUUGUAGUGCAUUUACAAAUAUUGCAAUAAACUACAUGGCAGACUAGGAGUGUUUAUAGUUAGUGAUAAUAAAAUUUUCUGUCUAACGAAGCGCUGGGUCAAGAUAAUCACGCUAAUACAAAUUAGUAGCUAUUUGAACUUGCAGUCUAAACGAUUAUAAAACUAGCUGCUUUACACAAUCGAAUAAAUUAAUCAGAAAAAUAGAAUUUCUUCAAGGUAACAGGGAGCGAAAUUACAUGAUCAAAUUCAUUAAAGUCAAGCAUAUCAUCAGAUAUAGCAACUUCCUAUGAUACCAACGUGAAGGAAAAAUACCGAAACAUAACCUUUGUAUGAUGAACCUUACCAAUAUAAAGUUGACAGUAUUCUUACAUCCUGAUUGUUCCUGAUGAAAUAUUAUAUCCUAAAUUAAAACCAAAGCGCCAAGCCAAACUGUGGAGAAUAUAAUUUUCAUCUCAGAUCACAUAACAUGAACGCGUCAAAUAACGAAGGUUAUCUAGGAAAAAGAACCAAAAGUAACUAGAAUUCGCCAAAACAUUGACGCAAAAUUAGAACAAGCUCUAAUCUGGUAAUUCAUUCAUGAAUUUAUUGUUGUAAAGAACUUGACAACAAUUUUUAUGUUUGUACGCUCCAACUUCUUCAAGGUUAAAAAAUUGUUCAAUUUAUUGGAUCGUGUAAAGCGGGUAAUAUACCCAGUGGGCAGCUCAGGUAUGCUCAGUUUGUCAAACUCAUGAUAAUAGUUUAUAUUACUGGGAGAAAUUUUCAACUGUACUAUGCACCUCCUCGCACAAAGUUCCACAAAAUAGGAUAUGACAAGUUUAUCGAUUACACCACUGUUUAAUAUACCGUACGAAUCGUUUACGGUUGAGGUCGUCCGAGUUUCAGUGUGUACGAGAGAGAAGCGUGCAACACGUACGAGGGCGGUUCAACAAGUACCCGUGUUAGAAAUGAAGACACUAUUUUUUCCAAAAAUAUUUUUUAUAUUUUUCAACCUAGUCCCUUUUUAGAAAGAUACAUUUUUCCAACGUUCCUGCCAUUUUUUAACCCCUCAAAAAAAUAGGAUUUGCCGAACUCGCCAAAAUACGCCUCUGCCUCGGCGAUCACUUCCUCGUUUGAGCAAAAUUUGUUUUCCGCGAGCCAUUUCUUCAUAUUAGGGAAUAAGAAAAGUCGCAGGGGGCCAGAUCGGGUGAAUGCGCAGGGUGCGGCAGCACUUCAUAACGCAAUUCAUGAGGUUUGGUGGCGAUAACUCCAGAUGAAGGUGCUGGUGCGUUAUCGUGCUGAAACAGCACCUUCUUUUUCGCCAAAUGUGGCCGCGUCUCCUUCAAUUUUUGUCGACUCACUGUAGUUUUUUUUCCAGUGAACGUCCUUCCUUUUUCUAGAAAAUCCAUGAGGAUGACGCCGUUCCCAUCCCAAGAAAUCGUUGCCAUGACCUUUCCGACCGAUGGGACCGUUUUCGCCUUUUUUUGGAGCAGAUUCACCGCGAGAAAUCCAUUGUUUUGAUCGUUGCUUAGUUUCUGACACUGAUUCGAAAUUAACAGCCGCAUCCGCUUGUGCACCGUGAGCAAUCACGGCACCCAGUAUGUAAAAUAUUCAUUGCCGUUCCGGUCGACACACCUACGGUCUCUGCUACGCCGCGCACUUUCGUUUUUCGAUCAGCGAGAGUCAUGUCGUGGGCUUUUUGAAUGAUUUCCUCUGUAACCACGUCUGCCGGGCGUCCUGAUCGCUCAUCAAAAAUGGAAGUUCGUCCACGUUUAAAUUCGUUGGACCAAUAUCUAACUGAGGCCAUAGAUGGCGAAGUGUUCCCAUAAACAGCAUCCAACUUUGCUUUUAUCUCCUCGCACUAUAUCCCAUCCAAAAACAAAAAGCGAAUUACCGAACGAUAUUGCUCUUUUUCAAUCUAAGCGAAAAUCACGAAACACGUGUUACUCCAAACUAACAUAUCAAUCAGUCUGAAAUUUGUUGCGCCGUCGUUUGAUAGGUGGCAGCACACGAUGAUGACACCAACUACCCUCAGGAACCUAGGCAGCAGCGGUGUCCGCAGUAGUAGACUCUUCGGUCUCCUGAUCAGUCGCCGUGCGCUGUGCGGGUUCGAAUCCCGUCCCAAGAGAAAUUUUUCUCUUGGAUGUUGUGAUUGUCCGUAGGUGGUAGACGGUCUCUGACUGUCGAACGCAGAGGUACCACCCGGGGGAUCUCGUAGGCGGGGCCAGAAUGUGCACACGUGUUCCCUCGCCAGAGUCCGUGUAGCGUUCCCCCUUUCCCCUGUAUCCCCCUAUAGCCCCACAUGGGUGUUUAGGCAUAGGCGUUCGUGGUGGUUGGAGUAUAAAAAAAGGAACGCCCUCUGUUGUCAAAUGCAGGUACUUAUUGAACAAGCCCCGUAUGUUGGAAAGAGUGUUCCUUGGCCUUCCUCGCUGCCGUGUCAAACAACGUCGUCAUUAAUUAGUUUGGUUCCAACCCGUUUGGGAAACUUUCCAAUCAAUGUUGGGAUCGUUCCGGAACAGUUGUGUUACAGUGAACUCUCGGUACCUUCAUUGAAAGGGGAAUCAAAGGAACUUACCUGCACAGUAGAACUGUUGUCAGGUGACUGCCUCUAACCUCCAUCCAAACUGUAAAUGUGCUCUAAUAGCUGUAUGUUCGUUGUUGUUGAAGAUUUAUUUAGCAUGAAUGCUACAAUUACAUUCUUGUAAAAAACUAAACGAUUACAUAACAUACAGAUAUUCAGAAAGAAAACAAAAUUUGCAUCUCUAAGAAUUUUCAUUGUCCAUGAAAUAUUCCUUUAAUUUUCUUUUAAAUAUCUUUAAAUUACAAGUAGACUUUAUAUCAUUAUUUUGUUCAUUAAAUUCCUUUCUGAAAUAUUGAUUUGCUAGUUAUAUUAGUAUUGCAAUUUUGCAAAUGAAAAUCUAUAUUUCCUCUUGUAUAAUAAUUGUGGUAAUGAUUAUUCAAUUCUAUGUAGCGAAAUUUUUUAUAUUCAAC